CCUGUUGCCCGUAGCGUCGGGACGCAACUUACUCUCCCAGCUCACAGUCCGUGGUUCGAACCCUUCGAACAAUCGUGAUUUCCGGCUUCCUAUCUGAAAACCUUGAGGAAACCUCCCGAGAUAUUCUAGAAGACGACUGAAGAGAUUUCUCGAGGUGCUACCGUAGAAUCAGUGCGUGGUUUCAGUGAGAUGUGCGGUGGUGUCGUAGGGUGUAGGCCUACAUAGUUGGGGUGCUGAAGGGGUGAAGGGGUGCUCUAGUGGGGUGCUCUGGUGGGGUGCUCUAGGGGGGCCCAAAUGAAGAGUGCCAAGGGCAGACACCAGUUCAAGAGGAGGUUCAGUCUUCAACCCUCCUCUUUCCUCAGGGAGGAACCCGACGCCAACCAUCGUAGUCCAAGAUCGGAGACGCACUUGGAGGAUGAAGGCGAAUGCCAGGCUGAGACAGGUCCGGGGGCGGGCUCGUGUGGGGUGGGGGGAAUCAAGCACAAGAUAGUAGUGAUGGGGGCGGCCAGGGUGGGGAAAUCAUCCCUCAUACAACAGUUCCUCUACUCCACGUUCACGCCUAAGUACAAGCGAACCGUUGAGGAGAUGCAUCAUGGCGAUUUCACUGUGGCCGGAGUCCACCUAACCCUGGACAUCCUAGAUACAUCUGGCUCGUUUGAAUUCCCCGCUAUGCGAGCGCUGUCCAUCUCGUCAGCUGAUGCUUUCAUCCUUGUCUACUCAGUGGUGGAUGCGGCCACCUUUGACGAAGCACGGGUGAUCCGCGACCAGAUCAUUGAGACCAAGGGCAACCGGGCUGUGCCCAUUGUGGUCGUGGGGAACAAGCUGGAUUUGGCUGAUGAGGGCCGAGAGGUGUCAUUCGAAACGACAGAGUCGAUAGUAACAGUGGACUGGGAGAACGGAUUUGUAGAGGCGUCAGCUAAGGAUAAUAUCAACGUCACACAGGUGUUCAAAGAACUGCUGACCCAGGCGAAAGUCAAAUACAACCUGAGCCCAGCUUUGAGACGCCGACGCCGUCAAUCUCUGCCGAUGACGCAGGGGGGUCUGGGUGGAGGUGCGAACACCCCCAACCCCGCCAUUCCCUCUGCCGCACAGUUGGCUCACCUGCAACGCAUACAGGAAAAGCAUGCCGCCUCCGGGGGCGGAGCUGUGGGGGCGGGCGGCAAGAGGAAUUCCUGUGUCAUAUCGUAGGGCACACUCUUCAGAAGUUCAAUAUCCUAUUUUAAAGUUUUGAUUCGAGGUAGGAGAUAUAAGAAACAACAAGUUUUGAGGAUUUGAGGCAAGGUAGAGGCAUGCGUCAACCUUACAGCUUUUGGAUACUGGUUAGUUGAUGUAAGGAUUUCAGGCAAGGUAGAGGAAAGGUUGAGGCAUGCCUCAACACAAGGGUGAAACUAGCUUAUGAAAACUGAAGAAUUUUGCAUUUUAUUCUUUAAGAAGUAAGUUUUGAUGAUCUGAGGCAAGGUUGAGGCAUGCGUCAAGCUUACAGCUUUCAGAUAAUGGUUGGUUGAUGAGAGGAUUUGAGGCAAGGUAGAGAAAAGUUUGAGGCAUGCCUCAACACAAAGGUGUAAAAACCUUUAAGGUGUCAACACCUUAUAAAAUACUGGAGAAUUCGCACAUUAUUUUUUUAGGAAGCAAGUUUUGAGGAUUUGAGGCAAGGUUGAGGCAUGCAUCAACCUUACAGCUUUCAGAUAAUGGUUGGUUAAUGAGAAGACUCGAGUAAAGGUAGAGGAAAGGUUGAGGCAUGCCUAAACACAAGGGGGCAUGCUUUACGACCAACUGGAGAAUUUUGUUUUAAGCUUAGAUUGUCUUAUUCAACUGUCUUAUCCAGCCAGUAGAUAUUAGAAGAGUAUUCAUUAUCGUUUUUGAAUAUUAGAGGCAAGAUAGGGUUGAGAAAGCCUUUUUGAGGCAAUUUAUUUCGUGUGUCAUAUCAUAGAACACAUUUCAGAAAUCUAUUAUUCGUUUUUCAAGAUUGAGGCUAGGUAGGGAAAUAAAUGACAAGACUGUAGCUUUUGAAUAAUGGAUAAGGCAAGGUUGAGGCAUGCCUCGACGCAAGAGGGGAAUUUCUGACAUAGAACUGAACAAUAAUUAUGUUUCAAGCUUAGUUGAGAAUACUUUCAUUAAGCUUUUGUUAAAAACUGGACUAAUUUUGAGACGAUUUUUGAGAUAAAGUUCUAAUAUUAUGAAAAGUAUUCUUGUUUGACAUUGGAAAUCUUUUCUUGACAGUUUGGAUUUAUUCAACAAGUUGAAUUAUUCUAAUAAGAAUAAUUCAGUAAAUGAGAAAAUAAUUUGUCAGAGUCAUUUAGGCUUUGAAGCUAUGUAGUAUGGGAUUGUCUUCAGGGUUACUCAGUUCAUAUAUGAAGAGAUUGUAAACGUUUCCAAAAAUUUGGUUCAUACAGUAUUCAGUAUGAUCUAUCUUAUUUUUCAUACAAUUCAUUGUUCCAGAAUUUUUCAACUGACAAUGAUCGGUUCCAUUGUCGGCACUCUCUCUUAUUUUCCCACAAUAAAAAUAAUAAGAGAUCCUGAUGGAAAGCAAAAUUUAAAAAUAGUUCAUCAUAAUAAUGAAAUUUAUUAUGAAGGAAAAGAGUUACCUAAAAAAGUGAAUAAAAACCCAAUUCCAUAUAGAAUUGUGAUGUUCCAAUUAUUUAUUUGAAUGAAUAGUAUUUUGUAUAAAAUAAUACCGUAGUAUAAGAGACUAAGAAACUAAGAAAUACUGCUACAAUUAUAUAUUUGUUCUGAAAUAAAUACUACAAUUUUUAUUGUCUUCUAUUAAUACUUCAAUAUUAUAAUUAGUCAUGAAAGCGUUUAAAAUUAUUUGUUCUUCGUAAUCUUUACUAUAUUAUAGAUUUAAUUUAUGUAAUUUAUCUUGAUAACAAAAUAAGAAUUUAUACUUCCAAUUUUUUUGAAAUUUUCCGAGUCUUUUUAGUUUUAAAUAUCUCAUAAUAUCUACCUCUAUAACUCAUUGAAUUUUCAUCUAAGUUAUGUACUUUAUUAUGAUAAUAAAAUAAAUUGUUUUCCUCCCAUUUUCUUGAGAUUUUCAAAGUCUUAUCAGUCUUAUAAAACCCUUAAUUACUACCUCCAUUAUUCUUUGAAUGUUCUCUCUUCUUCCAAGUUUACAAAACAGCUUCACACUUGAGUAUUUGUAAUUAAUUUGAACAUUCUUUAUUGAUUGAUACAAUAAG